AUGUCCGACAACUCCAAAUUCACCCUCCAAAACCUCUUUAACGUCGAAGACCAGGUCGUCGUCGUCACCGGCGGUGGCACCGGCAUCGGCCUCAUGAUCGCCCAGGGCUUCGCCAACAACGGCGCCCGAGUCUACAUCACCUCCCGCCGCCGAGAGGUCCUCGAGGAGGUCGCGCGCACCUGGGGGUCCUCGCUCAAGCACCCCAAAGGCGCCCUCAUCCCUAUCCCGUGCGACGUUACCGACAAGACGUCAAUCAAGGCGCUCGUAAAGCAGAUCAGCGAGAAGGAGGACCAUGUCGACUGUCUUGUGAACAACGCGGGCUUACAGCUGCAGCAAACCGCUGUCGAAAUGGGCGACGAGUCGGCGGAGAAGCUUGCGGAUGCGCUGUUCAACGAGAGCCAGGAGGACUGGGAGGCCGUGUAUAGGACGAACGUGAUCGGCUACUUCUUCGUCGCGUCUGCGUUUAUUCCGCUGCUUGCUGCUGCGAGAAAGAAUGUGGGCGGGCACGAGUAUAGAGCGUCGAUUAUCAAUAUCACUUCAAUGUCUGGAAUGACGCGCGUGUCACAGAGCCAGUUCCACUACAACGCCUCCAAGGGCGCCAAUAUCCAGCUGAAUAACAUGCUCGCUCAAGAACUCCGGAGAGACGCUGUGCAGAUCCGCGUCAACAGCAUCGCUCCGGGCAUCUUCCCGUCCGAAAUGACGACUGGCGAGUCAAGCCAGGGCAAAUCGAACAUCCCAACCGAUUCUGACUGGGUCAAGCAAAACAAACCGCCCGCCGGUCGCGCAGGGCGGGAUGAGGAUAUGGCUCAGGCUGCCAUAAUGCUUGCUGUCAACCAGUACGCAUUCGGACAGACCCUUACGAUCGACGGAGGAUGGUUGCUCGAGCACCCUUGAGUGCCCAGGUUCUGUGUGCUUGUUGAGACGUUGUAUCAUAUAAGUACACUACGUAAAUGCCGUUAGCGAC